AUGCACCGGAAAAGUCAUACCGGUGAGCAGCCCUAUUCAUGUUUAGAGUGUGGAAAAUGUUUUGCACAGAAAAAUGUACUUCAUAAACACCAGAGAAUUCAUACGGGUGAGCGCCCUUUCUCAUGUACAGAGUGCGGGAAAUGUUUCAUUCACAAAGGAGACCUUCUUAGACACCAGAAAUUUCACACAGGGGAGCGUCAUUUUUCAUGCACAGAGUGUGGAAAACGUUUUGUUCAAAUUAGAGAUCUUAUUAAACACCAGAGAAUCCACACGGGUGAGCGCCCUUAUCCAUGUUCAGAGUGCGGGAAAUCUUUCACCGAGAAAGGAAACCUCAUUAGUCACCAAAGAAUUCACACGGGUAAGCGCCCGUAUUCAUGUUUAGAGUGUGGAAAAUCUUUUACCGAGAAAGGAAACCUAAUUAGUCACCAGAGGAUUCACACGGGUGAACGUCGUUUCUCCUGUACAGACUGCGGUAAAGGGUUCAUUCACAAAGGAGACCUCAGUAAACACCAGAGAAUUCACACGGGAGAGCGUCCUUUUUCCUGUUCAGAGUGCGGGAAAUGUUUCACUCAGCAUGCAGUCCUUCUGAGACACAAGAGAAUUCACACUGGCGAGCGUCCUUAUUCAUGCUUGGAGUGCGGGAAAUGUUUCAUCGAAAAAAGAGACCUUACUGUACACCAGAGAAGUCACACGGGUGAGCGUCCAUUUUCUUGUUCUGAGUGUGGAAAAUGUUUUACAGAGAAAGGACACCUUAUUAGACACCAGAGAAUUCACACGGGUGAGCGUCCUUAUUCAUGCUCACAGUGUGGGAAAUGUUUCGCUGAGAAAAGAGACCUUAUUAUACACCAGCGAAGUCACACGGGUGAGCGUCCAUUUUCCUGUUUAGAGUGCGGGAAAUGCUUUCCUGAAAAAGUAAGCCUUAUUAGACACCAGAGAACUCACACGGGUGAGCACCCUUUUUCAUGUUCAGAGUGCGGGAAAUGUUUUUCUGUGAAAGGACAACUUAUUGUGCACCAGAGAAUUCACACAGGCGAGCGUCCUUUUGUCUGUUUGGAGUGCGGAAAAAGUUUUACUCAGAAAAGUGUACUUCUUACACACCAGAGUAUUCACACAGGUGAAAAUUCUUUUUCAUGUUCAGAGUGUGGGAAAUGUUUCUCUAGGAAAGGAAAUCUAGCUGCACACCAGAAAAUCCACAGUGAGAAUUGCCCCUUUUCAUGUUUAGAGUGCGGUAAAUGUUUCAGUCAGAAAAGACACCUUCUUAGACACCAGAAAAGUCACACAGGUGAGCGUCCUUUUCCUUGCUUAGAGUGCGGAAAAGGUUUUACUGAGAAAAGAGACCUUAUUAGACACCAGAUCAUUCACACAGGCGAGCGUCCUUUUUCCUGUUCAGAGUGCGGGAAAUGUUUUACUCAGAGAAGUAUACUUCUCAGACACCAGCGUACUCACCUGGCUGAAAAAUCGUUUCCAUGCUCAGAGUGCGGGAAAUGUUUCUCUAGGAAAGGAAGUCUGGUUGGACACCAGAAAAUUCACACUCGGAAUCGCCCUUUUAUGAGUUAA